AUUUGAGACUUUAUAAUAUUAAAGGAGAUGAUAAAAUCUAUAAAAGUAUAACAUAUGUUCUAGAAGUUUUACAAGGUCAACAAUUUACUUCAGAAGUGGAUAUCUAUGGUUUUGGUAUUAUCACAACAGAAAUAACUAUUGGAAAAAGGGCUUUCGAUAGAAAAUGCCCUGAAAUUGCUUCUGAAAUGCCUCAUUGUUAUAUUGAAUUAGCCAAAUGA